UUGCAACAACUCGAUCCGCCAUUACAUGCAGCAUCGCGAAAGAAAGGGAAAGCUGAUUCCAGAUUUCCAGUGCCAUCUCCGACAUCCACUAGCCUUACUCAAUUUACGAGUAAAGAACGUAAUAUUGAUGGUAAUGUGGUUUUGCUGCGCCUUUCCAGAACUACCAAUUCGAAUUAAAAACAAGGACCAGUAAAGUUGCAGUUCUGGAGAAGAGGGGCGUUACGUCGUUCGACGAGCAACAAUGAAAGCAAAAUGCCAUAAACAGGUAUCAAAAGCUGGUUGCGAUAACAACGUGGACGAUCGAGUUUGUCAACUCCAUUUGAAACCGCUAUGGGUUAACGGCACGUAAACAGCUCAAACCGGGGGUACUCCUUUCACUUGUGUAGAUCGCUGGUGAUGGAUAUUUUCGAGCCACCGACGUAAAGGAGACUGGCCGAUGCAGGUACGAGUCUGGACAUUCUAUUAACCUUGCACCUUACACAGGUUUUCCAGGUUUUUUUUUGAAUUGGUAUCGUUUUCUGUACACUCACGCGACACUUUAAAAAGAAGCGGUUGCCGAUUUCUGUUCACCAUUCAUCGUUGGUUCGGUGGUGAAUAAGGAAACAGCGUCCGUUAACAACUUUAUUAAAGGAGUUCUGUUUAGUACUGGAAGCUGAUUGAAUAUAUUUGCUGAUUGGAAAACUAACAGGAAUGAACGCAGUAAUUAUUUUGAGUUUCUUCGUCGCAGCGGCGUUGGCUGCUCCUUCUCAGUAUGGCUCUGGCUAUGGACAACGUGCAGAAAAAGUAUCUUCAUACACGGAUGAGCAGUGGGCAUCAUUGAAUCCUAUUAGAUCUGAAAACCCAUACGAGAACGAAGAGAUCCAGAAACAAUGGGCCAGCUUUCUUCAAUACCUUCCCUGGUUGACGGGACCUGUCGGUCCUGCAGGACCCCAAGGACUCACUGGUGCUCCAGGUGCUCCUGGAGAAGUCGUCGUUGUACCAGGACCGCAAGGCCCCGUUGGUCCAACUGGCCCAGCCGGACCUAAAGGAGACACUGGAAGUGCAGGAUCACCUGGAGCUCCCGGUGAAACUGGCCCUCAAGGAAAAGAUGGUUCUGAUGGAGCACCUGGACCUCAGGGAUCUAAAGGCGAACGAGGUGAUGAUGGAUCCCCCGGAGCUGCUGGCCUACCUGGAGCUAAAGGAGAGAGAGGAGAAACGGGACGUAACGGCCUACCAGGUUUUGUCGGAGCUCCAGGUGCUCCAGGAAAAGACGGUCGACCAGGGGAAGCCGGACCACAAGGACCAAAGGGUGAUACUGGCGCUCCCGGUCAGACUAUUGCUUCCAAGAUCCCUGGCCCACCAGGUGCUCCAGGAGCUCCUGGUAAAGAUGGAGCUCCAGGCGCCCCCGGUUUAACUGGGCCAGCUGGCCCUGUAGGCCCACAAGGAUCUCAAGGACCUUCCGGCAAAGAUGGUGCUCCUGGACUCAACGGCGGACCUGGUCCCAAAGGAGAAGACGGAGCUCCCGGAUCCCCCGGAGCUCCUGGCAAAAAUGGUCUUCCUGGUGCCCCAAGUACCCAACCUGGACCCCAAGGUCAAACAGGGCCUCAAGGACCUGCCGGUGUACCAGGUUUACCUGGUAAGGAUGGUCUUAACGGCGAAGCAGGUGCCCCCGGUAAAAAUGGAGAAGAUGGUGCUCCUGGCUCCCAAGGUCCUCAAGGCGAGGAGGGAGUACCUGGCAAAGAUGGUCUUCCUGGUGCAACUGGCCCUGCAGGAGCUCCAGGACCUCAAGGACCUCAAGGAGAAAGAGGCGUUGAAGGACCCCGUGGACCUACAGGCCCAGCUGGAGAAACUGGCCCCACUGGCCCGGUUGGACCUGAAGGCAAAGUAGGACCUGCAGGAUAUCCAGGUGCCACUGGUCCUAAAGGCCCAGCUGGACCUGCUGGACCCACUGGCAAACAAGGUGAGACUGGUGCCCCGGGUGCCCCAGGAUAUCCCGGACCAGUUGGACCUGCUGGCCCCCCAGGAACAAUCAAAGGAUACGAAUCAAAUAGCGAGUAUGGAUCUGAAAAGAAAGCAAAGGAGCCUGAAUAUGGGUCUGGAAAGAAAGUGAAAGAGGUCUCUGGUCGUUAUAGGACUACCACAAAGUCCUACAACGAUUCUGAGGAAGAACGUGCUUAAUGGUUGAAUACUAAAAUGUUAAAUCCAUCAAAACUGAAUACCUUCAGUUUCGGAAUAGUUAAUGUAUAGUUAACAGGGCGUGAUCGGUCAUGUCGACACACAAUUUUGACGAAAAAGCGAUCAUUGCUGUAUUUUAUUUAAAUCUAAAGUUUUUCCGUAUUGUUUCUUGUUAUAUUGCACAUCAAAUAUCGAAUUCUAUUUGGUAAACCUGAAUACACAUACGGAAAUACA